CACCAGCCGUGGUCUGGUCGGCUUUUCCCUGUUGGAGGAAGUUAAUGGUUUAAGUGAGGGGCAUCUGGAGCUGGUCCCUGAAUCACCAUGACACUUCUGGGGUCUGAGCACUCCUUGCUGAUUCGGAGCAAGUUCAGAUCAGUUUUGCAGCUACGGCUUCAGCAGAGAAGGACCCGUGAGCAGCUGGCAGACCAAGGCAUCAUGCCACCACUGAAAAGCCCAUCCUCAUUCCAUGAACAGCGAAAAAGUCUGGAGCGAGCCAAGACUGAAGAUUAUCUCAAGCACAAGAUCAGAAGCAGGCCUGAGAGAUCAGACCUGGUCAAUAUGCACAUUUUACAAGACUCAGCUGCAGAGGGGUCCAUUCAGUCUACUCAAAUGAAGCUGAAAAGAGCCCGACUGGCAGAUGAUCUCAAUGAAAAGAUUGCUCUCAGGCCGGGUCCUUUGGAGCUGGUGGAGAAGAAUAUUAUUCCUGUCGACUCCGCUGUGAAAGAGGCCAUAAAAGGCACCCAGGUCAGCUUCCCCAAGGCCGCGGACGCCUUCGCCUUCGAGGAGGACAGCAGCAACGACGGGCUGUCCCCGGAGCAGGCGCGGAGCGAGGGCUCCCCGGGCCCCGCCGAGCCGCCGCCGGCCGCCAAGGGCCCAGAGCCCGCCGCGGGUCCCGCGCCUCAGUCCAAAUCAUCCAGUGACAGCAAGAACCGUCACAAAAAGCCCAAGGACACCAAGCCCAAGGUGAAGAAGCUGAAGUAUCACCAGUACAUCCCUCCAGACCAGAAGGCAGAGAAGUCCCCUCCACCCAUGGAUUCUGCAUAUGCCAGACUCCUCCAGCAGCAGCAGCUCUUUCUGCAGCUCCAGAUCCUCAGCCAGCAGCAGCAGCAGCAGCAACAGCAGCACUUCAGCUACCCAGGGAUGCACCAAGGCCAAGUAAAGCAAUCAAAUGAGCAAAUGGUCAAAAGUUCAAAUUCUUCAUCAACGUCUGUCAACACCACCCCUCUUUCUCCUGUGAAAACCACCUUUUCAGGCCAGACUUGUGUCUCAUCAAUCAAGCCAGGCCCUCUGCCAUCAAACUUGGAUGAUCUGAAAGUGUCAGAACUGAGGCAGCAGCUCCGAAUACGAGGCCUGCCCGUGUCAGGUACCAAAACAGCGCUGAUGGAACGGCUGCGGCCCUUCCAGGAGUGCGGCAGCACCACAGUGCCCAGCUUCAGCGAGAUCACCACCGUCACCUUCCCAGUCACUCCAACCAGCACCCUGUCUAGUUACCAGUCGCAGUCCUCCACAAGCAUGUUAUCCAAUGGCUUCUACCACUUUGGCAGCACCAGCUCCACACCACCCAUCUCUCCAGCCUCCUCCGACCUCUCUGUGAGUGGCUCUUUGCCAGAUACGUUCAACGAUGGGCCCAUGUCUUCUCCACAGUUUGGUCUCCAGCCAUCUCCAGUUCAUGGCAGUGCUGAAGAAAGCCUCAUGAGCAGCAUGAAUGGAGGGAGCAUCCAGCUGGAGCUGGAAGGGAUCGACACAGAGAAAGACAAAAUGCUGGUGGAGAAGCAGAAGGUCAUCAAUGAAUUAACGUGGAAACUGCAGCAAGAGCAGAGGCAGGUGGAAGAGCUACGGAUGCAGCUCCAGAAGCGAAAGAGAAAUAAUGACCUCGAGGAGAAGCAGCAGCCUGCUCAUUUCUUUGGUGUCCCCAUCAAGCAAGAAAACACAGUGUCCAGCUGUCCAUUUGCAUCCAAACAAACUGCCUUGAAAGGUCAAGCCAACAGCUCGGAUAAGUUAAGUAACUGUGGGGUGCCACAGCUGCCUCACAUUGUAAAUAGCCACUGCUUGGAGCAUGCAGGGCAAAGCACCAUCACCUCCUCGACAUUCCUGAGCCCACAGUGCUCCCCCCAGCACUCCCCACUUGGGGCUGCAAAGAGCCCCCAGCACAUCAGCCUGCCGCCCUCUCCCAACAGCCAUUAUCUCCUCUCCGUGUCCCCCAGCUCAGAAGGACGCAGUGGGUCCCCACAGGCCAGCAGCUGCCUUCGCACAGCACCGCAGAUGACACGAAGUCAGCAGAUGGACGAGCUCCUGGAUGUGCUGAUUGAGAGCGGAGAAAUGCCAGCCAAUGCCAAGGAAGAUCAGUCCUGCCUCCAGAAAGUACCUCAGAUAACGGUGUCUACAGGGAACUCCAGCACUGCGCUCCCCAAGGCGUCUGCCCCGUUUGAGCAGGUCUCCUCAGCCCAGCUCCCCUUCGAGCACUGCCCAGGCAGCGGUGAUGCUCACCUCGAGGUGCUGCUGAGCGCCCACAGCCCCCUGGGCAGGGUCAGUGAAAUCGCCCUGCUGAAGAUGGGGGGAGAGGAGUCCCACUUCGAAGGGAUGAUGGAGGGGUUCCCCGGCAAAGCCGCCGACGAACUGCUCCCCUCUCAGGAGAUCUUACAGCCUCCCCUCUCGCCCAUGGACACCCAGCUCUCCCCUUCCCCCGCCGAUGGCACCGGUUUACAGAUGAGCUUCACUGAGUCUCCAUGGGAAACAAUGGAGUGGCUGGACCUGACCCCCCCCAGCUCCGCCACCGGCUUUGGCUCGCUCACCCCUGUGGCUCCCAGCAUCUUCAACAUUGAUUUCCUAGACGUUACCGAUCUCAACCUAAACACCAGCAUGGACCUGCACCUGCAGCAGUGGUGAGAGGGAGGGUGGUGGAGGCAGGAUACAGCAGCCAGCACAGUGUUUCUAUCAUGCCAGAGAACGCACAGGAUGCAGGUGCCACGUCCAGGGGAAACUGGAGUCAUUUUCCCAGCAUAUAAACUGUUUGAAUUUCCAGUUAUGGCUAAUCAACAGCACCGUUGCUCUGGUAGUUUGGUUUUCCUCCAUUGACACAUCCCCACAAAGGACAGCAGUGCCUUUAACAACACUUCUUUAGAUUGAAAAGAACUUUGGUUCUCUUUCUUUUCUCUUUCCCCCCUCCCCAGUUUUAGCAGCCACUCUCGUGAGAACUGGAGCAGCUCAUGACAAAACUGUGUGAUGAGGAGACCUCACCUUGGUGGCAACAGGAAAUCUUGGAGAGGAUAGAGGAUAGCCUGUUGCUGCCCUCUUCUCCUGCCCGCCCGGCCCUUUAGGUGAUCCCGCUAAUCUUGGCCAUGCCCAGGCAGGGAUGUGGGAUCAGGGAGGCUCUGCCCAGCGAGGGUGACAAGCAUACUUCUCCAUACAGCCAGGCUCGCCAAGCUUCCUGCUUCCAGUGCUGUGUUACCCAGUCCCUGCACAGCACUGCUCUAUGUGGAUGAGAGGUGGAGACCCCCCCAUAUUUAUGGUGGCACCUUGUCAUGUCCUCAUGGUGCCUGAGGGGCUGAAAGCCCAGGAACCAUCCUGGCUGCAGUCUGAACUGGACCAGGCUGGAGACUGUGAGCUCUGGAUGUUGGAUGCAGCUGCUCAGGCUGCACAUGCAGGUAUCAAAGGGAUGUGGUAUCCCAGUGGAGCUGCUGCACCCCAGCUAGCAUGGUACAGAUGAAGAGAUGUGUAAUGUGUUUUGGUCCAAGGUAGGAGCAAGUCGUACAGAGAAUAUUAGCCAGGCUUUGGAGGGGCUAUCCUUUGCACAGCCAGAAGUCAGGAUGGAUUUCCACCACCUUGCAUGACCUGGGAGCAGGGAGAGCCAGAAAUGGACACUCAGCAGCCAGCACAUGGGGCAGGGUUGAGCACAUCCUCACUGGGCUGUGCAAGCAUCUGCUGUUGUUGCCUCCACUCCUCAGCCAUCCAUCCCCCCAUUUUUCCCAUCCCUCCUUGAUCCCCAUCAGUCAUCCCCUGGUUCCCAAGUUUACUCCAGCAUCACUGCUCACUCAGCCCAGAGCAAGGCCACCUGGAGAAUGGCUGUGAAUCACUGAGCCUGGAGGAGCUAGUUCUCCUGAAGCUGGCAGAGAUGGAUGCUCUCCUGCAGUGAUGCCUCCCAUUUGAAGUCACCAGCAUUUCUCCUAUGAGUCUCUGUGCAAUAUAUUUCCUCAGGCUCUGGAGAGAAGGAGCCUUUGCUUCACUUCUUGGCUUCCACCAAAGAACUUGCUGCGGACUUGUCUGAUGGACACGUCUACUUCUUUGCAAUUCUGGUUUUGCCAAAGUAAAUAUUGUUGCUGACAAAGAUUGUUAAACUAUUUACAGACUGAGCAUAUUUAAUAUUUGUGUUACUGGAAAGACAGCACAUCGGAGGUGCAGCAGCCGGGGGGGGAGAACCAGCCAUGGUUCCCAUGGGAUGCUCCCCCCAGGGAUGCUGGAGCUGUCGAGGAGGCUGUGCAGCCCCUGCUGUGCCUCCAGCUCGUGGCGUUGUUGCAUGCUGUAUAAAGCACGUGGCGGUAGCUCUCAAGUCGCUAUUUAAAGCACCACUUUUCUAUUGUACAAACGGUCACAGUGCACUGCUGGGGGAGAGGGUC